AUGGAUCAAAUACCUAGAAGAAUAACACUUGGACUUGUCUCUAACUCUGAUUAUGUUGGAAAUUAUGGACGCAGUCCUUUCAACUUCCAACCCUUUAAUGUUCGCGAAAUUACAAUAAUAGCGAACGGGAGAAGUUAUCCUCAAGCCCCCUAUGACUUUGAUUAUAUGAAUGGAAAAUAUGUUAGAGCAUUUAACGAUAUGAAUGAUGCCAUAGGGCUAGCAACUUCGUCAGAAAGUAAUGGAAUUACCUAUCAGCAGUACGGUAGUACCCAUUGUAUAUACAUAUUUAACCUGACAAAUAGUGGUGAUGACCAAGGAGGACUAUUUGAUUUAAUAAAGAAUGGGACAACUGCUGUGAAUAUUAAAUUCAGUCAACCAGUGCCCGAAGGGGGAAUUAUGCUUGUAGCUAUGGGCGAAGCAGAUUCAUUAAUUAUUCUAGAUAAAAAUCGUACUAUUGCUAGUGACACUACUAUAUAA